AUGACAGUCGUCAGCGCCGUCGAGAGCUCCACGCUGCCGGGUCGCGCUGGGCACUCUGGCCAGCAGGCAGUUCCGCCGAGUAGGGGCGCCACUCAGGACGGUGGCACGGCGCGGUCACACUCGCCACAGUGCUCCGGGCUGCACGCAACUCGGUUCCUGCUCUUUUCCCAGCUGGCCGGAGGUGUGAUCCUGGGCGUGGCCCUGUGGCUCCGCCAUGACCCGCAGACCACCAACCUCCUCUACCUGGAGCUGGGAGACAGGCCGGCGCCCAACACCUUCUACGUAGGCAUCUACAUCCUCAUCGCCGUGGGCGCUGUGAUGAUGUUUGUCGGCUUCCUGGGCUGCUACGGGGCCAUCCAGGAGUCCCAGUGCCUGCUGGGGACGUUCUUCACCUGCCUGGUGAUCCUCUUUGCCUGUGAGGUGGCCGCCGGCAUCUGGGGCUUUGUCAACAAGGACCAGAUCGCCAAGGACGUGAAGCAGUUCUACGACCAGGCCCUGCAGCAGGCCGUGGUGGACGAUGACGCCAACAACGCCAAGGCCGUAGUGAAGACCUUCCACGAGACGCUCGACUGCUGCGGCUCCAGCACGCUGUCCAAGCUGACCACCUCGGUGCUGAAGAACAACUUGUGUCCCUCGGGCAACAACGUCAUCGGCAACUUGUUUAAGGAGGACUGCCACCAGAAGAUCGACGAGCUCUUCUCCGGGAAGCUGUACCUCAUCGGCAUCGCGGCCAUCGUGGUCGCCGUGAUCAUGAUCUUCGAGAUGAUCCUGAGCAUGGUGCUGUGCUGCGGCAUCCGGAACAGCUCCGUGUACUGAGGCCCCUGUAGCUUCAGUUGCGGGGGACCCUGCAGUGCCCCCCGAGUGACCCGGACACUUCUGAGGGGCCGUCACCACCUGUGUAUAUAACUUUCCGGUAUUACUCUGCUACACGUAGCCUUUUUACAUUUGAGGUUUUGUUUUUGUUCUGAACUUUCCUAUUACCUUUCCAGGGCUGACGUCACAUGUAGGUGGCGUGUGUGUGAGUGGAGACGGGCCCAGGCCUUGGGGACUGCAGGGCAGGAGUCCCUGUGCUUCUGGGACCCUUUGGGGAGCUCUGCCUGCUCAGCCAGGCCUCUCCCGGGGCCACUAGCCCAGAGGCUCAGCUUGGUGGAGCUCGGGCUGUGUCCACCCACCCUGCCCGUCCAUCCUGUGGGCUGCACGGCUCAUGCCUUUUUAUUCCUUGUUCUCUCCUGCCCCAGUUCGAGAGCCGGGUCUAUGAGCACUCUUAUGCCUUCAAUGCACCUAUCCUUUCUAACAUGUGACUUUCAACUGUAAUUACAUCUUGAAACAGUCAUUUAAUAAAGAAGGAAAAAUCAGGCAUGCUAA